UGACAUCGAUUUAUUACGUUGACAGUCGUGGUGCGAAAAUAAACCCUACUUGGCGCUAUCUUUCCUAAGCACUUUAGCGGGGAGGCUUUAACACCCAGGUCAACGACGACCUUGACAGUGAGCUCUCUUCUAUUCUUCCUCAUCUUUCUGUUUUUCCUCGAAUAUCUGCAUCUAUAUUUCUCGCAUUGUGUUUGCGAUUGACCAGAAGCGAGUAAUCUUACGUACAAAUGCCAGAAAAAAGAAAAAAGAAGACUUUUAUUUUUCUAAAAAUUUUUCAAGGGUCUUUCGGAAUUUUCCUUGCACGUGAAAUUCUCAGGUAGUCUCUCCCCGAAAUAUUCGAAUACCUGAAAGAGAACGGGGGGAGAAGGCGUUUGGAAAGCGCUCUGGAUCGCCUCUGAACUAUUUGUGUAUCGGGAGGUGUUAAACAUCAGAGGUCAUCACCGCGGUAAGGUUAUCGUUGGAUUUUAACCAAAAGGGGGGAGAUUUUUGUACGCCGUUGGCUGUGACUCGAGCAUUAGUUGGACGAAAACGUUGCUCGUCGACGACGACGGAUUUAUCUGUUCGCGCUCCCACGACUUCGUCAAAGUUCUUAUCUGAUGCGUUUAACUAUUCGUCUUCCGCUCUCUCUCUUUCUACGAGAGAUUAGAUUGAUUUAAGCUUUGGACGAGAAAACUUUUCAGAGAGGGAUUUACUUUCGAUCGCGGUUUCAAACCGAUCUGUGUGUUCCUCUCAAAAUUCGCGAGAUUUAAUUAAGUUGUGAAGACUAUCCUUUGAAUUUCUACGAAUCGGGAUGGCAAUCUCGGUGGUCGACACCGCGCUCGACAUCGAGAAGAAAGCGAUGAAGCAUUGCACUCGACGCAAUCGUCUUCACAGCUGGCUGACUUGGAUCUAUUGCGGCAUGUUCCUGAUGAGCUUCGCGAGCUUCUACGCUUUUUGGUACACAGACACCUUCUCCGACUACGUGCUUUCGCAGAUGGAACUCCGCAACGGCACUCGUACCUUCGACCUGUGGCAGCAUCCGCCUAUCAAGCUCGAGUACAAGAUUCGCAUCUUCAAUUAUACGAACGUGGAGGAUUUCGAGGCGGACAGGGCGAGCAAGCUGCGCGUCCAGGAACUCGGUCCUUACAUCUACCAGGAGACGAAGGAUCGCGUGAACGUGGUGAUGCACGAGAACGGCACGGUGACCUUCCAGGAUAAGAGAUCGUUCGUGUGGAUGGGGGGUAGACCCGACAACGACACCAUCUUGGUGCCGAAUGUGCCGUUGAUGUUCACCACCGCGUACGUCCGGGAUCGGAGCUUUGCGGUGCGUUUCGUCAUCAACACAGUGUUGUCGACCCUACAAGAGCGGUCCUUUAUCAAUGAGACAGCCGGCGGUUUCAUCUGGGGAUACGACAACCGUCUCUUUGACAUGGUCAAACCAUUGAUGAUGUUCGAGCGUGACAUACCGUACGACAAGUUUGGCAUCCUGGUUACAAGAAAUGGUGUCAGUAAGGAUCGCGUCACGGUAAGCACGGGAUCGCGAAGCCUCGACAAUCUCGGCAUGGUCGAGCGAGUAAAUGGGAUAGACAAAAAAAAAGAGAAUAAAAAUUGUCUCCAGCGCAUCGCGACUCCCAUGGCCGGUUGGUCAAGAACGCAGGUGAAUCUGGAGGUGCGAAAAGCGAUUGGCGUGCCAUUUCUCGGAAAACUGAAGGACGGCGCGAUUCUUCCGCUCAUCUGGAUGGAGAUGGGGGUAGACAAGAUUCCGGAAUCGAUGUUGGAGAUCCUUCAAGAGGCGCAUUUCACAGUUGCCAGAGUGGAGAUGGCUCUACAAUGGUGCAGUCUCAUAGCCAUGAUACUCUCCUUGAGCGCGCUGGUCACCUAUCUCUGGAAGUGUCGCGUUCAACGGGACAAGAGCCUUCCAAGAAAAUUGUUCGUCUGAAUAAACGAUCUUAUCGAAUCGACAGGGAAAAAAAGUAGUAGUUCGAGAUCGAAAGAGUGCAUCCGAGGAGAGGAAAAGGAUUCUAAGAUAGCACGAAUGUGUCUAAAAGAAAGAUUAAUUUUUUGAAACAUUUUAAAACGCCUCUUAAAUUUUCUUCAGAGACGGUUUUCAGAGUCUCGGGUUUUUGAGUCGAUAUUCGCCUUGAAUAGAGAAGAUAUUAUGCGAUUAUGCAAAUCGUUAGGCUUUCGCAAAAUUGCAAACGGGAAUUUAUAACAUCUUGAGUAAAAAUAAUAAUGUUGUGCAAUUAAAAUAAUGUACAUAGCAAAUUAUAUGUGAAACAAUUUGAUACACACUCUGUCAUUAUUAUUGUAUUUAUAGAGAUAAUUUUAAUAUGAUAAUCGACAGAGAUGAGGAAAGAAACACGAAAAUAUCAGUCUUCUAAAAUCACAUAUUAAAAAUAUUUAGUUAAUAAUGUAUCGAAUUAAAAUAGUUCAGUUAUAAACAGUAGUUAUUAGUCAUAAACAGUAUCAACUUGUUCGAAUUACGACAAUCCGUAUCAAACAUUUUGAAAAAAUUACGAAUAUAGAUAUUAGUUUCUAUUGUACUUGUAAUGUUAGAGAGAGAAUGUUUCUUUCUUUCUUAUAUUGUAGAAAAGUAGGUAAAACGACGAAAAUUAAAAAAAGAUAGGUGCGCUAAAACAAAUAUCUAAGCUAGCUAUAUAAACAAUGCGAUACGGGAUUCCUUUUAUUUUGUACGAUAUUGCAGAAUUACGAUUUACGGCCGAGUGACGGCGAAAAUAUUAUAUAAUAAUAUAAUCGAUCCAGAAAGAUCGGAUGACGAAGAGCGUAAAGUUCAUUCUCAUGGACUUUAAGCUCCAUGUCGUUGGACCGGCUCUUACGAGAAACUGACGUACCGCGUUGCAACGUGAAAGAAAAAAGAAAAAAAAAAGGAACACACCCGCAACGCGGCCAAGUUGUGAUUAAGGCUUUGAAAGUGCGUCGAAAUUAUAUGUAAUUAUGUAGAGACGGAUGCAAUCCGUCGUGACAUUACAUUUGUCGUGUUAUUAUCAAAUAGUUGCUUACCGCAACGGUGUAUUACGUGCGACGGUAUGUACCAUGUUACCAAUGAUGUGAUGGACAACCGUACUUAAAAUUAAGUGCUGACACGUAGCAGUACGUAUUACAUACGACCAUUUAAUUAGCUCGUUAUCUCGAUAGCGAGAUACACGAUGUAGGGUGCUUUAACAUUUAAGUUUUUUUGUUUUUUUUUUUUUUGUUGGGUUCCUGCGACACUCGCGAUAUUUAACCGAUAUAUCAAUGUAUAUACGUGUCGCCUUUUCUAACAAAAAUGUAGGAACGAAGAAGAGAGAAACACGCGAGCUUUUGCUUGAUCUGUAUUCUCUUUUAGAAUUUCUCGAUGUGUCGAUAUGAAAAAAAAAAGUAUAUAUAUAUAUAUACAUAAUACAAAUGUCAUAUAUCUUUAUUUUAUAGAUUAAAAAAAAAUUUUGUUUAGUAUAAAUCUUUAUUUUUUGCAAUCAUCUCCGCAAUUCCGUCGAUUUUCACUCACGUGUUUCGGAAAUAAUUUUUUUCUGCGGUCGUAAAUUAAAAAUCGCUUGAUUUAUUAAUUAAUUCGUCCGUGUACGUGUAUAUCGGACCUGUAUCCGUCGUAUUAAAAUACCGACAAUUCUUGUAACGACGUAUUCCGAGAAACGAAAUAAAUGUUCAAUUCCUUUAAAAAA